AUGGGGGUCAUUAACUCUCAUCAUGCCCAAGACACAAUCGCACUAGAUUUUGGUAGUCAGCCACUACAACAUAAGAAAGACAGUUACCUAUCAGUCAAGGAUAAAAUCUUUGAAUCCCGUAGAUUCCCUUUAUUUUUGCGUAAUGAUCGCCGGCACCGCUCAUAUGCCCAGCCAUUACCUUCAACCCGACGCUGGUUCUAUCGGUUGUUUUUAAUAGUUGUGGCAUUCUUGUUUAUAUUUGGUUACUUGCCAUUCUUUCAUCUGAUUAGCAGUAAUGGUCCAAUAGUAGAAUAUGAUGGAUCCGUUAUCUCUGAUGCACUACCACAACAUCCACUUGCUGUACCUACUGUACCUGUUCCUCGGGACCAGAUCAUCCUUUACCGCAUUAUCGGCAACGAUCUUCCUCCACGCCACAAAGAAGGCCAGACGCUCUCAAAUCUCCGCUUUAUUCUUGAACAUGAGCCUACUUUUCCUAACACUCGCAAGCUAUUCAUAUUAAAUCGGAUUGCUGACCCAACCAAUGAAGAAAUGAUCAUUCAACUUCUAAGUAGCCAUCAAAUGGACUAUGUUCGCCUCCCUUUUGAUCCAGCUGAAUACGAGAGUUUAGACUUCCGUCUCGAGGAUUUCCCUGAAACGGACUUUCUCCACUCAGACUGGUACAGACGCUUCUCAAAGGUAUCAAAGCUACGUACUCUGGACUACACUUAUCACGACAAAAAUGUGUAUGCAAUGAACAACAACGGUGGUCGUAAUGCGGCUCUCCAACAUGGACGCGCUUUACCGAAUGUCCGCUGGAUAAUGCCAUUUGAUGGCAACUGUUUUCUAAGUAAGAGUGGAUUUGAAGAAAUUUCUAGCCAGCUAGAAAGAUAUGGAGAAGAAAUCAAAUAUUUUGUGGUCCCAAUGGCCCGACUUUUGAACAACACGGUAUUGCUGGAAACUGAAGAAGAGAAGCCAAAAGCACCAGAAGAGCCACAGAUCAUCUUUCGCUUUGAUGCAACAGAAGAAUACAACAUGAACAUGCGCUAUGGUAGGCGGAGUAAGUUGGAAUUGCUCUGGAGGCUAGGAGCCUUGGAGAAUCGCCGUCUCAACCGCCCGACUGUUCCUUGGGAACCUGUGGAACGCCCUUAUAGCAAAGACAAAGGGAGCUAUUUGACAAUCGGUUGGGUGUUUCGACUAUUCUCUGGAAACCAGCAACAGGAGGAAAACAAGAAAGAAGCCUCCUCUAUUCGGGCGUUCAAUCGCUUACUCGCUAUCCAGCUCUCCUUAGAUACUCUAGACGAGUCCCUAGCCCGUCGCUCCUUCAGACCUGAAAAUUUGUUUUUGUACAAUGAACGGGAGAUGACCAUGAUUCGAUAUGCUUACUGGAGUAAAGAUCCAGCUGUGUCUGCUGCAAUGAGCAUUCUCGAAGAACGUGCAGAAAGCAUAUUAGAGUAUACACAAACACGCAUGGUGACUUCCGAACCGGUUAAAAUUCCAGAGGAAGUCCAGCUGGAGUUUGAAGAGUACGACAGCACCACACCUCCUUUGCCUGAAAACACAGCAGAGAACCUUGGGUCUCUGUCGCAAAAUGUGACGAUUAUGACCCUGGCCAACUAUUUUCUUGGCAAUGAGGCGUACGGAAAAUGUGCGGCAAAUAUGAUUCGCGUCAAUUUUCUAAAUGAAUAUGCGUUGGACCAACAAGACGAGUACAGCUCCGCGAGAGUCAUCCCAGACAAUACCCAUUUGUUAGACUUCUUAUCAGAUCAGGGCUAUUCAUUCCCUAGCAUGAGCCGAGUGUCCAGGGCAUUGACAAAGCGAGUAACGAUGCCUAUCUUAAACACUUCGGAUCUAACCAAGACAGACAUGUCAUCUAUGCUCGACUCAAUAAGACUAUUAAGUCGUAUGCAAGCCUUGACACACAAGGAAUAUCUGGAUCUACAGGCGAUUAUGGCUGAGUUCCUUGAAUAUCUUGUCACUUCACCCACUGGAAUUCACUUGGCUCAAAUGAAUGACUAUCGCGGAGUGCUAUAUGAUCUGCAGGUUACAGCUCUCGCGGCUUUUACGGAUGAUGUGCGGUUGUUUUUGCGAGUGGCUAAUAGGUGUAGGAUGCGAAUCGGGCGACAAUUUAAUGAAGAUGGUUCGCAACCCCUUCAAAAGAGUUCAACCCAUGCUCGAUUUGUGUCUCCUUUGGAAAGUGAAUCCGGCUCGGCCGAAACCAGUCAGCGAGUUCAGUUGCAUUAUGAGACUAUGAAUUUGCAAUAUUGGACAUUACUGGCACGUGGCAUCCAGAAUUCAGGUGUUGGCAAAGACAUCUGGCAUUAUACAUCCAAGGCUGGUGGAAGUAUUUCACAUGCCGUAGUAGCCCACCUAAAGCGACAGGCUGUAGUUUUGCCGCAGUUAUCUUCUGCUGAUGGAGUAUUUAUGCAGUCCCGAUUGCGACCUUUGGCUUAUAUGGCUCAGGCUGCGUUUGGGUUUAGUGCACGAAUCAAUGGACCUCAGCAACAUAUUGAAAAGUCUGAAGAUUGGCGCUGGUUAGAACGCUAUGUCUCAACAUUUGGUACCCAGUGGGCAGAAGAAGUUCCUGAAAUGACAUUAAACUCGACCGAUGACCAGAGUAUAGUUCACCAUAUUAUGGCCCUUAUAUCAGAAGACCAACACAAGGGAAGACUUGGAGUACCUCCCUUUUGGAUGCUUAGUAUUGCCUAA